UUUUCAGGUGAUAGCCUUCAUAUGCGGCCUGAUCGUGAUCAUCCUAAUGAUCAUGGGCCUGGCCUCUACAGAUUGGCUGAUGGCAGCGGGUUGGAGGCAAGGCCUGUUCAUGCAUUGCAUAGAAAAAGAUGCCCCGCAACCCUUGCCGUUUAACAUGCAGGAUCCUCCGGGAUGCUAUCAAUCACGAGAUGCUGCGUAUAUAAGGGCGGCGGCAACCCUGUGUGUGAUAACCCUCCUGACAGACUUGGUAGCUACAGUCCUCACAGGCCUAGGGCUCGGUACCAAAGAUCAUCACACCAAAUUCAAGUAUUAUAGAUUUGCUGUUAUCGUCAUGGGUCUAGCGUUGGUAUCCAUAUUGGUGGCCCUCAUCAUCUACCCGGUCUGUUUUGCCGCUGAACUGAAUUUAGGCAACCGCACAAUCUGGGAGUUCGGCUGGGCGUACGGCGUCGGCUGGGGCGCAGCCAUCUUCCUCUUCGGCGGAGUGGUCUUACUGACAUGCGACAAGGAGAGCGAAGAGAUCUACUACAAAGAGCGCAAAAUCGUGCAUUGCGACAACGACUCUCGGCUCGCCUAGUGGCCGCACAGCCUGCCCGACGUUGUGCUCUGAUCGUAGGUGGCUGGCGCGAACAAGCGACGAACGUGAAUGGCUGGUGUGAAAGGGGCGGCUGACUGAGACGACACGCGAAAUGGCGUGCGCGCAUGUGACGCACGUUGACCUUGGAGCGGAUCAGAACGUGACGUAGUGGGGAUCGGCGGUGCUCAGUCAUAUCAGAAAUUAGGGUUGUGGUUACGGAUGUGAAGACCAGGUUGUGCUACUUAGGAUAUUGCACCUCCUUUCUCAAAUCUUUAGUGAAAACUUAAGUAAGAUAAAGUUACACCUAACAACAGUUGGCUUUCAGGAAAAUUACUUCUGCAAUUGGUUGUGUUUUAUUUCGCACCAAAAUUGUAUGAAUGAAAAGGCAAUUCCAGUAAUGUAAUCACAUGUAUUUCUAUUCAUUUUGAAAAUACCCUUUUUAUGUACCAUUAUUGCAUUUGCUGUUGUGGAUACUGACCAUUAUGCGAUCAUCCGUAAAAAAUCAUAUACAGGGUGAUACCGUGGUAAGUGCCAACAAGGCGGCGUGGUGCAACUAGAAAGCGAUUUUAGAUACCUCACUAAUCCGGUUUGUUUCACGUGAACGGCGCCAGAUUGGGCAUCAAGCAGCUUGAAAGAACAAGACGUGGGUAGGAUUGAAUUUUCAUUCAACAGUUGAUCCUGAAUUGGAACAAGUUGGCUGUUGUUUCUGAUGAGUAGUUACAAUAUAUUAUCAUCAGGCGGGAUUUUUAGAGCUUAUUGAAGAGCAUUGAUAUCCUCAAUUUUUAAUUUAGAACAUGACAGACUGUGGUCAGUAUGUCAAAUCUUAAAAAUGUCAAACUGGCAAGAUGACAUUUUAGGUUAGAAAAGUGAACUGGUGCAACAAAAACAUGGAAGCUCAGGCUCGGCUCAGCCAAAGGUUGAAUUUAGUUUGGUUAAAAAAUUGUGUGAAUCUUAACCUUGAUACGAUGUAGCUUUGUAGAUGACAUAACCUAAUCUUUUACAUCCUUGGGAACCCCAGUCAUAAAGAGCAGCCAAUUAGGUCUUCACAUAUACAAACAUUGUGUUGUUUUUCAAAUCUAGCUUAAACCGAGAGAUACUAUCAUAUUCAUGUAUAUUUUACACAAGUGAUCUAAACAUGUUUUGUUUUAACAAAUUACGUGUAAUCUUGAACUGGAUUAAUAACAAGUUGGUAGCACCGCCUAUCCCCAAAUAAUUAUAUUUUUUGUUGCUGGUCAGUUUGAUAUGAGGAAGUUGUUAUAUAUUGUGUUGUACAGCUUUAGCUUAAGAGGUAAUUUGUACAUUAUUUACUGACUUUAUUUUGUUAUUUUAUUUAAUGAUAUGACUUUGAUAAUUUAUAUACCGAUAUUUUUUACUGCUUGAUUGGAAUAUAUUCCAUGAAUCUAUUUUUUAUAAUACUAAAUUCGUAAAUAUUAGGAAUAAACAUUUGAAAUUUGUUUAAUGUGCGAGUUCUUGUACGAUUAAGAAUAUUUGUAUCGAAUCUUUAUAUAUUCAUAUUAUUGUCGAUUUUUUGUAUUUGAUAUAAGUGUAUUAAACAGAUCCAUGGAAAAUAUUGACGUAUUAUAUUUUUUGUAUAGACCUCGCUUGUGUACAUCGGAAAAUAUUAGUGCAGUCUCAAAAUUUUGAGUGUUCAGUGUGCAGUGCACAUGCAGCUUUUAGAUAUAAUACAAAUAGUUGCGCUAAUAUUUUUGAGAUGCAACUGCUUUGAUGGGAUGUUAUGAGCUUCUACCAUUUCAAGUUGAACCUAAACAUUUUUCGUCUUUACACAUAUUUUCCACGUUGAUAAAAAUUACCUGUUGUGUGACAAAUUGACAGAAUAUACAUAAUGCAUAUUUUUGUAACCUAAACAGUUUUGUCUCAGCAUUACAUUUCUUUGGUUUGUAAGAAGCUUGUAAUCAUUCAUCAUGUGUAUAAAACAUUCCGUUUAAUUUAUUUAUAUCCAUACUAUCAAAGUUGCCUUUUUUAAAGAGUCGAUCAAACUGAUUGGCCUUUUUGCCUUCAGUUGCUUGCAAAAAUGUCAUUUUUGUUGCUAUUUUGAGAUAAACACAAGCAAAUUGUGCAUUUACUCGAAUUCUGCACAUGAAAUAUAUUCAAAAAAUCUUUUGUGAGUCCAGAUGAUUUUUUCGUUCAAGCGCAGUUUUAUACGGGAUAUCUUAUAUCAAAUGAUACAGGCUGCAGUUCCAUAAGGCUCGAUAGUGCUGGGCCCAUAACCUACAAAAAAAUAACGAUCUGAGGUUGAUAAAUGCUGUA